GAUUAUUUUUGAGGUGUUGUCGCUUUUCAAAAUAAUCUUGGCAUAGCAGUGAUGCUCAUGCACAUUCUCUACAACGAUUUCGAUUUUAUAAUUUUUACGGUUGUUGCAGUCACUUGCUACUUGCGGGAACGUUGCAGCGUGUUACUUAGAUUCUUGGUGUAUGGAUGGUAUCGUCGUUUUUUGUUGAAUGGCACAUCAACUUGAACUCUGGUUUGUGGUGCGUUUGUGAAUAGUCAUUUUCUCGGUCUCAGGGAGACCAAACGACAUCAUGUCCGCUGCAGCAGGUCCGCUCGACACGAGUUGGAGCUCCCAGCUCAGUGCCUACAUUGAUGCCCACGAAGACAGUAUUCAGGGUCGGAUGCGUCGACACCUUGACCGGACCCCGUCUUAUGCUGCUGGGACCCAUACUAGUUCUAGUUCGUAUCCCGUUACCAGGAGACUGGAUUGCGUGCCUUCGGUAAAAAAAUCCACGAGCCCUACCCAAACUCCUGCCGGUGCCAGCACAUUUGCGUCAUCUUGUUCGUCCUCCGCUAGUGGCGAUCAUGGAGGACAGCCUGCUGUCGGGACGACUGGAACGGGUUCUACGGACGCCGUGAAGCGAGCAAGAUUUGCACAAAUGGAGGCGGACGGAAAAGAAUUUCUACGCCGCUUGCGAGCGUACAAUAACCGUGGCAGUGCUGCGCCGCCAAAACCGGCUACGUUGGACGAUGAGAAAGGAGAUGGAGACCCGAACGCCUUUUUGUACAAUUUCUGCUGCGCUACUGCUUCUAGGUUCUUCGUGGGACAAAGCCAUGCGCGGGAGCAUGGUCUUGAUUGAUGAUUUCGCUUCUCCCUGAGAUGACGAUGACCAUCCAUAAAAAUGUACUAUAUCAAAAUUUCUUCUUAGGAAGCAGAAUGAUGUCGGAGCGCCACAACCGCCGCAUGAUAAGCCACCCACGCCUUCGUUCACCAGGAACAAUGUCGAUAGUGACGCCAACAACUCCAACUCCCGUAGUCGUGCUUCCUCAUGCGGCCCGACGAGCUUUCGCAACGAACUGAAAGCCGUCGUGUCGGAGUACAAAACCGGGCUAGAGUCCAAAGCCGUACGCAUGCCGCUACGAGCCGGUGGAGCGACCGCUUCUUCGUCUUCGACGUCGUCUUUGCACCAAGCCAGUGGAAUGGUGGUAGCCAGCACGGAGCAAGGAGUAACUGCAAAUGGAAAUGCCAACCCGGAGGAAGAUCUGUACACACGCACAAACCGGCUACAGCAAGCAUUGGAGAAAAAAGUGCUGCACCGCCCGAAGGGCUUCAUCUUCACCCCGCCGGAAGAUGAACACGACAGCCACGCAAGCUCACCGAAGGUCACCUUGCGAAAGGAUAAGCGGGGCAAGCGAACGCCCAGUCGUGAAAAUGCAAUCAAUGCUAGAGCGGCGCAUCGGCGAAGCACGUCGCGAGAGCGAGGAUCACGCGGCGGCAUAAAGAACUACCUGACGACGCCCUCUGCACAUCGCGCCAACAGCACAAAGAGCCCGCACUUUUUGCGUGAGAGUCGCGACUCGGACCGGUAUGGUGCGUUGCGGGAAAGCCGCGAUGUGUUUUACGACGAUGACGUGAUCCAGCGAACGUCAUCUUCCCAACACAAAAGGUUCCGCGCUGGCUCGAGGACGCAAAUUGCAGACACCGGCGGGGACCACGACCAGUUAGGUGACCAAACGUUCAUACAGACGCAGCAGGAGGAGCAGAUGAGCACGUCUUUGUUUUACGACGACGUGUUUUGCCACGUGCGCGCGCCCCCGGUGCCCUCCUCCAGUCCCUCUUGCACCCGUUCCGACGCGAUGUCGUCGCACAGCGACAGGAGCUCCUCGCCCUCCUCAGCCACGAGGCCAUCUGGAUCCAACUCUCACUCGCCCACAUUGUCGCUGUCGUCCUCCUUGGAGGACGAGUCCAGUCCGAUGAGCGUGGAGCAGGAGUCUUCACAGGAUUUUCAAGAAGGAGACCAGACAACUUUGUUGAUCUCUGAGCAUGACGAGCAGGAGGUGCAACGGGCGAAAGCAAUCCAGAGAGCAGGAAAAAAGCGAGCAAAGAAGGAGCGAGAUACUUCUACCCGUGCUGAUGUGAACGCUCAAGGCGAUGAGAGGAAGAGCAGGAAGUACCAAAAGGAAAGAAAAAGAAACACGAAUGAUUCGUCCGCAGGACCAGGAGCGGGAACUAGACGAGGACAAAGUCAAAAAAAGCGACAGAAGAAGUCGUCUGCUUCUUCUGACGCUCGAUCGCAUCGGAAUCAUGAUCAUCGAAGCAAGGAGGAGGAUUCCACUACGCAAGUGUUCCCGCCGCGCUCGACCACUUCCAAGGGACAGCACCAGCAGACUGCAUUCGCGCAGCACAAUUUGCAUACUGGUGACUCGUCAACUGAAGCGACGACUGUGCCGACAGCAGCGGAUUACGAGAUGAAUUAUGGGCGGCCGGGGAGCGGCAUUUACGGCUCCUCUAAACGCAACAAAAGCCCACACCCACAGAAGCGUUUCAACGUGUUGCGCCCCUCCGCGGGUCAUCAUUCUCGUCGGGAGCCCCAGACACUUGCCGCAAGUCAGGGAGUUGGAGUUGCGGAUGAAGAUGCAGAGGAGAUUAGCUCUGGCGAAAGCGAGAAUUUCGCCGAGGGAGACAACAAACUGCCGCGUCUGCAACCGCCUUCACUGAACACCAGCGUAGCAAACAUGAACGAAUCUCUGUCCACGUCCAGAAUGAGCGUCAGAACGGUCAACCAGCCGCUGCUUGCAGUGCCACCUCCUUCAUGCAGUCCCGGCCCUACUGGGCCGGCGGCUCCGGGGGCUUGUGGCUCGAGUUCUUGCUGUGCCGAGCCGCGCCGUUGCUCCAGCCUCCCUGCGACCCCCGCGGCGAUGCGAACGCGCAGCCGCAGCAAAACGACCGCGAUGACGCUCGGAACUCCCAUCGUGCAAAAGCGGCAGCAGGAUAUUCUACUCUCCGCGUCGACGCCCGGGACGGUGUUUGCUGCGAAUCAAGGUGGAGUCGCCGGCGCCGUGCCUUGCAAUAAUCCUCCGCCACAGGAACCGGCUGGAUGCUCUAUGCGGGUCGGCGAUAUUGCGAAAACUCCUCUGCGAAAACGAAGACAAGUUGCGCGUCACGACGGUGAAAUGGCGGCAGAGUCGCAACGUGCGUCUGCGACUCUGGCUGCUACUGCUACCGGCAUUUCAGAGGCUGCGUAUACGCUUCAGGGGCAGCUGCCAGCGUCUGACCAGAGCAAACUUGUACUUGGUUCUACUUUAUCGCUAACGGUGACUUUUGCAAACGCGAAAACACUUUAACUUGCUUCGAAAUUUUCUCUUCUUACCCAGCAAAAGCUACUUGCUCCUGCCCUUUAGCUGCAGUGUGGUAGAGAGGCUUUUGGUUCAAAUGUGUUUUCGAGUGUGAGAGCUUCCCCGCAACAACAUUUUUCAGGCCGAGCUUGAAGCUUUGAAAGCGCUCGUGUUGCGUGAUCCUCCGAUUGGCGUCGAAAAUGGAACAGCAGGCGCAGGUGAAUCAAGUGUGGUGUACGAGGGUGGACAUGAAGCGCCAGUCGUGCUCUCAUCGAGUAUCACUGACAUCAACGCAUGUCCCAGAAUGCUCGUCCGCAGUACUUCUAAUGCCGCAACCUCAAGUCCGGCCUCUGCUGCGCCAUUCCUCGGGGCUUUUUCCCCUGCAGCGGCUGCCGCUUUCGCAGAUAACGGGGCAGCAUCCGCACGCAGCCGCAUCCAAGUUAUUGGUCCCGGGAAGCCUAGCUGCUCCCUGCAGGAACGGCGCAUAUACGAAACGGAGUCGGAGGAACCGUGCGCAAACAUUUUUCAUCAGCUCAAGACCCGCAGAAGUUCUUCGCAGCCCUGCACGCCAAACUUCAAGGCCACUGGUAGUAGUUCGUCGUCUUCGUCAUCCUGCUACCUCAAGCAGCCAUCGCUGCUGGAUCUUUCUUCUGUCCUGAUGCAAGAACCCAGCUACACGGAUCGGCUUUACAACAUGAAUAGUGGGUCUUCGCUCUUGCUGGAUCAGCAGCCGGGAAUUGCGAUUGCAGGAAACACCUCCGCCUUGUUGCCUUCAUUUUCAUCCGCGAACCCGAUGAGCAAGCAGCACAUCACGGAACAAGACCAGAUCCCGCCGGCGAGAACUCUGUCAAAAUCAACUUCAAUAUCAGCGGCCGACGAGAGCAGCCUGUUUGUGAGCCUGCCACAGUUGAAGUCAACGGGACCUUCGUCGGCUCUACCCAGUGGAAGCAGUAAACCACCUUACCAGCCCCUGAUGGAGACCUCGUUCGACAACGUUUCUUUCACCAAGAUCUUUGACAGCGCGCUGGCGGCCGCCGCCCACAGAAACAAGCAAAGCUCCUCGUCGUCUUCACAUGCUGUCCUGGAGUCCGUGCUCGAGGAGGACGUGCUUGGAGAAGAAAGCGCGACAAACUGUGGUCCUAGUUGUUCAGCAUCCUCUUCCGCCGGAACUACACCCUGCGAAGAACAAAGCAGUGAGGUCGGGGGAAACGCUGGAAAUUACCAGAUGACGUCGUCCCCGGUGCACGUGAUAUCUUCGAAAAACAGCACGAGCUUUUGCUCGGUUGACGACUUACCUCCGCAUUUGCUGAUGAGGAAGAAGGCGCGUCGUGCGGACGAUGCAGGCGGUCGUCAGGGUGCAUCAAAUUAUGGCGAUGAUAUCGGUGAGGAAGAUUCAGCAAUGGGAGGCGAUGCCGAUCCGAACUUUGCUGGUAGCAGCGUGCUGGUUGCAGGGACCAUCGAGAUGGACCCACCGAGACCAGAAGACACCGUGUCCACCGCCCCGCGGUCUUCCGCUGCUGUGCCGCAUCCACCACAAAUGUCCGAAGCCCGAGCGCUCUGCGAGGAUCUGCACGAGAGGAACCAAGCUAUGCUCACCAGUAUCUUGACGGAAUUAGACGACGAAGCUGAAGGAAAAAGUGGCACGCGAGCUUGCAACAAUCCACCCCGAGGUAGUGAAACAGCGAGAACGGAAACCGGCCCCGCCGUGCAAGUCAAGCCUCCCAAGCAAGCGGAAACGCAAGUCGCAGGGGCGCCAGCCGCGAAAGGGUCACGUCGAGGGUCUGGCGGCAAACCGCAACAGACAGGAAAGCGCAAACAAGAAGGCUCUGGUGCACAAGAAGCGGAGGACCAGGGACUUCUGGCCGACGAAGAUAUACAAAACGCGGUGGAUCAAGCCAUUCAAAGGUGGGUUUGCUGGUGCUUUCUGGCAUAAUUUGAUGAGUUCCUUGACGCAAGAAGAAGAACACAGUAGAAGUCAAAACCGUCAUAUUCAAGGAAAACUUGACUUUGACUCCCAACGAAGAUGAAAAACGAACAUUAACUUAAACUUUUGCCACUCCCUAUCGCUUUUUUCUACAGGAAAUCUUCUACCUGUCGUUCCACCCUGGCCGAAAUCGAGGCCUACUGCGACACUCUGAAAAAGAAAACCGCCGUCGUCGCUGCCGAAGAGGAGUACACAGAGUGCUUGUUACGUUGCCUCGACAUGGCGCGCGACCUGAAAAUUAAGGGCGUGCACUGAUUGGUGGCAGCGGCAAAACAAGAACUUUGGGGACGAGCGCCCGGGACGAGCGGUGAAAUAGCAAGCCGGGACGAGAUGAUCGUGAAAAAUCUAACGAAAAAAGAAAAAGCAGGACCGAGUUCUUUUAUUUCAAGUGUUAGUUACUGUCUGUGAUAGGAAGGCUAUUUUUUCGAAAAUGCGAAGAACUGGAGCGCGGCAGUGCCUUUUCAAUAAAAACUAAAUCCAAAAUUCACCGAGAUCCUCCAAAAAAGACAACUGGAGAUGCUCUGAGUUAGAGACCUCAACUUUCACACCAAACAGAAUGAUUUGAGUACAUCGUGGACGUGCUCAUGAUGCUGAUGUCCUUCACCUUCUACAAUAGAUGAACAACAAACCGCAGCUACAGCUGGUUCUACUCUGCAUUGAUGUGAGCUCUUUUUCAGCAACGCAAGGACAAAACAAAAAAAAAGAGCCCCCACACUGUUGGUUGUGCGAACAUUCAUUAACAAAAGUGAGAUGUUCUCCUUCUCGUUCCAC